CUUAUACUUCGAUGGCCAUUUGAAACGAAGCCAUGCCAGACAAACCUUGCCCAACAAUUAUUCUAAUCGGCCCCGAAGGCGCUGGGAAAUCAACCAUUGGAAAAGUCCUUUCAGAAAAACUCAACAGAGAACUAUACAGCCUUGAUCGACACCGCAAAGAGCUCUACGCACCAUUCGACUACGACGAUGCCCGUGCAAACAAGCUAUACGAACAAGAGGGCGUGGAGGCUUUGUUGAAGUACUGGAAGUACUUUGAAUACAGAGCCGUCGUGGACAUCUUACAAAAUGCUCUGAAGCCCGGGGAUAGGUUUUACGGCAAGAUUCUCGAUUUCGGGGCGGGCCAUUCUAUUUUUGAGAAUAAGGAGGAACUCGAUCGUGUUGCGGAACUUAUUUCUUCUUAUAAAGCGGUCUUUCUUAUCCUUCCUUGUGAGGACACCAAUGAAGCGCUUCGUAUCAUGGAGGAACGCAGAGGUCAUGAGUUGAGCUACAACCGCCACUUUUUAAACCACCCGAGCAACAAAAUGCUGGCAAAGGCUGCUGUUUACACGAACGAUAAAAGUCCCGAGAGGAGCACCGAUGAGAUAUUAGAAUAUUUGGACGUUUAACUGUGUCAAUAAGGUCUGAGUAAGAGAAGGCCGGAUAAUAAUUUUAUAAAUACAUAAAAUAAGUACACUAUCA